AUGGCCCACGAGAUUUUUGCCAACACGAUCGUGUUGAGUGAGGGCAAUUCCUUCUUGUCAUCGUCCUCGGAGGGGUUGUAUAAUGUAUUGAUGCAAAGUGUACAGGCAUAUAAUGGAGGUGGUUUUCCUGGAUUACCAUUUUUCAAUGAUACAAUGUGUGGGGAUUAUGCUGUCUUGUCGGCUAGUCUGCCCGAUAAUAUGGAUUUGUGUGCUUGGAGAGCUUGGUUAUUUUUCGUUUUGCUCAUCUUUAUUCUGACCAUUGUAUCCGGAAUUAUACUCACCAUCUUAUCGUGGGUUGUAUUUGCAGUGAUCAAUUUUUGCAAGUGUUUAUUUGGAGGAGAUUCAAAGAGAAAGAACUAUCAAAGAAUUGGUGAAGAACCACUCUCUAGGCACUUCCAAAAUAGAGGAGAUUCCUUGUUUGAUGGAGUGAGCUCUGAUGGUCUUGUUACUAGAACUUGUGGACUUUCAUAUUGUUGUAUUGUUUUGUUCUUGUUGGUUGUUUGUCUUGCAGGUGUUGGUUUCUCUGUAGCUUUCUAUGUUGGUCUGGAUAGAGCAGCUGAUCCAUUGAUUACUUCAUUGGAAAAGGCUAGAAAUGCUAUCAAUGAAACAGCUACCAUCAUGUCUAACACUACUUAUCAAUCCAACUUGACUGGAUUUGUUGAAUACAUUCCAAGGAUUCAAACUCUUGUACAAGGAGCCAUUCAAAAUGGUCAGGCCUAUUUGGAAAAUGCAGUAAUUGAUAAUAAUGAUAGACUUCAUUUGGAAUAUUUAAUUUAUGAUCAAUUGAAUGGAGCAACAAAGAGUCUCUAUGAAAACUCAACUGAAAUCAAUGCUCUUGUUCAAAAGUAUCAAAAUAUUGUUUCAAAGAGUUCUAUUGAUGUUUUCAAUUUGGAUGACGUAUUUAAUUAUCAAGCUCUGAUGCCAAACGGAUUGGUUGCCAGAAUGUUAAUUGCUCACGAAAACCUCGUAGAUGCCUUGUCAAACACCAGUUAUCUUGUUGAACAUUUGAAUUAUACCAAUGAAGUCUUUUCUGGUAACACCUACUCCAAGUGGAAUCAAAUGUAUAGUGAAGUCUUUGUUCCUUUGGCAAUCAAUGCUCCAACCAUUCCAGAUCAAAUGGGUCAAUUCCAAACUGUAUUGGACUAUUUACUCACCUACUCUGAUGGAAAUACUGUAUUUAUUGAUUUCCAAAUCACGUACAUGUCAGUUUUUAUUGGUUUCUUUGCAAUUGGUAUUUGUGUUGCAUUGUUUGCUGGUAUUGGUCUCACUAGAAGAAGUAAUGCCUUGUUGAAUAUUACAUGCUGUUGCAGCUGCUCACUUUUGGUUUGGUUCGUUCUCUUUGCUGCUGUUAACAUUGCCGUAUCAUUGGCUAUUGCUCCAUAUUGUGUUCACAAGGGUGACUUGUUCGAUCCAAAUAAUUUGAAGCAUUCUGAACCAGUUAAGGUUCAACCAAGCUCCCUCGGCCUUUCUGACAUUAAUUCUAAUACUCCAAACAUUUUUGUUAACAAUUAUACAUUUGUCAUUAAUGUUACCAGAUUCUUUAUGAAUUGUGGUGGUAAGAAUUUCGAUCAAGAAGCUGAUGCCCAAGAAAAUGUUCUCGAUGCUAUUCAAUUGGCUCAACAAGGUCACUAUGCCACAGUUGAAGAUUACAAUCAAUUCUUUGAUGCCUUCAUUUCUGGUAUGGAAUCAUUGAACUUUACUGAGCAAGCUAUGAAUGUUGCUAAUAAUGGUCAAACACUCUUCAAAAACAUGCUUCUCAUCCAACAAGAUCUUGCAGCUGUUGGUAAUACUCUCCAAUCAUACGUAACAGCACUUGAAGCUCUCAAGUCACGUGUAAAUAACAAUACCUUGUAUGAAGAUUAUGAAGCUAACAAGCAAGUAAUUACCCAAUUCCAAAAUGAAAUGACUCCACUCUUGAACAAAUUGAUCCAAGAAGCUCAAACCACUAAUGAUAUUCAAUACAAUGAUGCUCAAUCCUAUUUCACUGGUACCUCCUAUCCUGAAUUUUUACAAGGAUACCAAUUGGGAUCUACCUUUAUGAUUAAUUACAUUUCCAAUUUGCCAGUUGAUGCUAAUGUUUUGGUUCCUAGUGCUGAAACUGUUGGAUUGUUAUUGAACGAUUUGAAGGAUAGAACCACCUGUAGCUUUAUGAGUAAGGCUAUUGAAGAAGUCAACACAGAUCUUUGUGGAGUUAUGGGCAUUGGUACUCUUGGUAAUGCCAUUUCUCAAAUCCUUGUUUCUCUCUUCUUGUUCCUCUUGAUUCCAAUUGGAGUUAUUUUGGCAAGCAGAUUACACAGAGACAAGUAUGUCGGCAUUAACUAAUUUAUUAUUUUCACAAAUUUGAAAUAAAUCUAAAAAAAUCAUCUUAU